AUGGAUAAAAUGGAUGCUGGCACCGUACCAUUUUUAUAUAAUUUUAGUUCGAGUAUUGUUCCUCGACCAUACGAUUGGAGUGAUUGGAUAUGUAUCACUGGGUAUUGGUUUUUGGAUAAUCCAGAAAUUGGUUGGGAAGCACCUAAAGAAUUAUUAGAAUUUUUAGAUAAUAAUCGUCAUAAUAAUAAAAAGAUAGUAUAUAUUGGAUUCGGAUCAAUAGUUGUAGAUGAUCCAAAAGCUUUAACAAAAACAAUAGUUGAGGCCGUGGUAAAGAGUGGUGUUUCUGCUAUUUUAUCAAAAGGUUGGAGUGAUAGGUUACAUCAAGGAAAGACUGAUAAUAAUGAGGAAGAAGAAUAUCCUUCAUGUAUCUUUCCGGUAAAAUCUGUACCGCAUGAUUGGUUAUUUAAACAAAUCGAUGCUGUGGUGCAUCAUGGUGGUGCGGGAACUACUGCAGCAGGUUUACGGGCUGGAAAACCCACUAUUAUCAGACCAUUCUUUGGUGAUCAAUUCUUUUGGGGUGAUCGUAUAGAAAGUAUGGGAAUUGGAAUUCAUCUAAGAAAGUUAACUGUAGAUAAACUCUCCGAUUGCCUUAUCAAAGUCACAACGGAUGAACAUAUGAUUAAAAAAGCUGAAUUGGUAGGAAAUAAUAUAGAAAAAGAAGACGGUGUAUUGAAUGCAAUACAAGCAAUAUAUAAACAUAUGGAUCAUGCUAAGCAAAGAAUUAUUUCACAGCGGCAGCGAGCUGCCGCUACUGGUAGUCAACUAUUACCAUUCGGUAUUGAUGAUACAAUUGUGUUUGAUUUUAAAUUGGCUGCUGCGUUAAAAAAGAUUGUUGGAUUCCCUGUAAAUGAACAGUCAGGAGAUAGCGAGGUUACACAUGCUGACACAGAAACAGCUCCAAUAACGUCUCAAUUGCUUGCAAAACAAGAAAAAUACACCAUUAAUACAUAUCUUCGUCCACCUAUUGUCCUUUCGCAUGGUCAAGGUUGUCGCGUUUAUGAUUUAGCAAAUAGAGAAUAUCUUGAUUUCUCAGCUGGUAUAGCAGUGAACGCGUUAGGUCAUUCCGAUCCUGAAUUGGCAAGAGUAAUUCAUGAACAAUCAUUAAAACUUGUUCAUUUGAGUAAUCUAUAUCAUAAUGAAUAUGCUGGAGAACUUGCAGAGUUGUUAGUUGAAUCUACACGUAGUGGAGGUGGAUUUGAAGCAUCUAAAGUAUUUUUCACCAAUUCCGGUACUGAAGCGAAUGAAGGUGCAUUAAAAUUUGCAAGAAAAUGGGGAAAAUAUGUUGGUAAAAAAAGUAAUAGUAUAAAUGAAGAAUUAAAUAUGAAUAAAUAUGGUGUUGUGUCAUUUUCAAAUGCUUUUCAUGGUAGAUCUUUUGGAUCGUUGUCAGCUACACCUGCACCUAAAUAUCAAAGUCCAUUCGCACCGAUGGUGCCAGGAUUUGUAACUAUACCUUAUAAUGAUAUUAGUAAGAUUAAUGAAUAUGUAACCGAUAAAACUUGUGCUGUAAUUAUCGAGCCUAUUCAAGGUGAAGGUGGAGUGUGGGAAGCUACUGUUCCAUUUAUUGAAGCUUUGAGAAAACGAUGUGAUGAAGUUGAAGCUUUACUAAUUUUUGAUGAAAUUCAGUGCGGUCUUGGUCGUACUGGAAAAUUAUGGGCACAUCAAAAUUAUCCAAAAUCUUGUCAUCCAGAUAUUUUAACAUUAGCUAAACCAUUAGCCAAUGGAUUCCCAAUUGGUGCUAUUCUUACUACGGAACGAGUUGCUGAUAUAAUUAAGAUUGUUUCACGUAUAAAUACACCCGAAUUAUUGACAAAUGUUAAUAAUGUCGGAUCCUAUUUAAAAUCAUCAUUUGAAAGGUUUGCGACUAAAUACCCAUCGCUUAUAACAACUGUACGUGGACGAGGACUUAUACUUGGAAUACAAUUUACUAAAAAUCCGAGUGAGAUGGUUAAGUUAGCUAGAGAACGAGGCUUAUUAAUCAUUACUGCUGGAAAUGAUACCGUCAGAAUUAUACCUCCGUUAAUAUUGACAAAAGGAGAGGCAGAGAAGGGUGUAGCAAUUUUGGAAGAAUGUUUGGAAAUUUUUGAGAAGGAACAUAACUGA